AUGGCCUCGCCCACCUCCUCUCCAGUCGCAGUGAACUCGCCCACACCGUACCAAGCCCCGGCUGAGAAACCCUCCGCACCGCCCGUCAACAUCCUCGCCUCCCCCAUCGCGCGAACUUAUUCCUAUGUGCAUCCGAUUGUGCUUCUGACACUGGGCGUCUUUCGGUUCGAGGCGGUGGUUUCCAAUCCGGUGGAAGAACUGCUGAGCGAUCUUCCAUGGCUGGCUCUGCUGCAGAUCGAGGAAAAGAAGAAGGCUGCGCCCCGCUCCCCUUCAGGGCCGACGGUGACCCUUCGCCCUGGGAAGCCCGGUCUUCGCCGAAAGCAGUCCGCCGGGAAGCAUGACUGGGCUGGAGUUUGGGCCAAAUUGAUGCCCGCGUUCAUGUCCCUCGCUCUCACCACCCUUCUCGCGACUCCGGUUCUAGCUGCCCUCCUGGUUCUGUUCGGCGCCCCCCUUACUACGCACAAUGCGGAGACUCUGCUCUGCGGUGCUCACAUGGCUCUGCUCUCUGCGACCGGGCUCGUCUACACCCACGGUGUGGAUAGCGCGGUGUGGAAAGAGGUCUGGGGAAUUUCCCGGCCUGCGGACGCGGUCUGGGGUGCUGCACUGGGCACCGGGCUUGGUGCUUGGUUUGGUGCUAUCCCCAUCCCGUUGGAUUGGGAUCGUCCAUGGCAAGCUUUCCCCAUCACCAUCCUUGCUGGCGCAUACAUCGGCAGCGCAGUCGGAUCUUUGAUCUCGCGAACGCCGUUCCUGUACGGAAAGCGCAUCCAAUUUGCGCCCGAGGAAGCGGAUGAGGAUGAGAAGAAGACGAAUUGA